AUGACUGGAGUUUCUCUUGCAAAUUUAGAAUUAAAUUCAAUAAGAUGGUUAAUUCAACAAUAUCAAGUUAAUUGGAAUAUAACUGGUAACACCUGUGAGGAUAUUACCAUCAAUAAUCCAGAUGGUGGCAAUUUAUUUUGCGAAACUGUUGGUGAAAGACAAUCCAUAUUAUCAAUUAAUAUUAAAACCGGAUCACCUGUGUAUCACGGAUCACCAGAUAACAUUCCAGCUUUGAUCUUCCCAAACUUAUUUUUAUUUUCGAUUGAUAGCACCAUUCCACCCUUAAACGACUCUUUUAAUAUUCUUAGUCUUCUCGAUAACCAAUAUAAUGACAUUAAAUUGGAAAACAUUGCGUUACUGAAUAUGAAUGUUACCGUUCCCACCAACUUUCCAUCAAAUUUAUUAUUCCUAAGUCAAUUUGUUAUUCGAAACUCUGCUCUAUACUCUGAUAUUUCUUUCGCUACACUUUUGAAUUCCACAACCAGAUAUCUUACACUUAGUGAUAUUAGCUUUGUGACUGGAUACAGUUUAAAAAUAGAUUCUAAUAUUACCUACCAAAAUAUUCAAACUAUAACUAUAACCAAUGUAAAUGUAAUCGAAGCAAAUGGUUUAUUAAAAGUUAGCCAAAAUAUUUUCCCAUCUCUUUACUACCUUGUGAUAGAAUUCAAAAUUCCAGAAAAUGUUACAGUUGAUUCGAUGGCACUGAGCGCAUUAUCGGUUACCAAUGGAUUAGUAACAAUUGAAGACCAACUCAACCUCACAACUAUCGAAUUCAAAACUAGUGCUGUCUCAAUCACAGAUUUUAGUAAAUAUCCAAAUCUAAAAUCACUCGAAAUCCAAGCUUGUACACAACCAUUACUUAAAGCAUCUGGUCUAACCAAUUUAUUAGUUAAUAAUUCAUUGGUUCCAAAUAUGCCAGAUGAUUCAUGGUUUAGCCCAUAUUUCUCACUUUCUCUUUUGAAUACACGUACUUAUGGCCAUUUAAUGGAUUUCAGUGCUCUAUCACCAACAUCAAUAGUUAUUUUAGGAAUACAAAACGCUACAUCCCAACUAUAUCCUUCUUUGUGCUUUGUUUCCCAGGUUUACCUCGUAGAUACAACUUUGGUCGAUCCCUUUGUACCAGAAUGUUUCUAUUGCUAUUGGACCGAAUUAAUGAAUAAAUUACCAGCCAACACACCUCCUAUUCCAGCAGGCUUUAAUUGCAAUAUUACACUCGAAUCCAACGGUUAUAAUCUAGCUGAUAAUUAUCAAACUGAAAUUAGUAUCGCUGGAAAUAAUUUGGGAUAUGGAAGAGAUACUACAUUAGGUCUUUUUAUUUUAAAAACUAACAAAUUAUUCCAAUAUACUAUAAACCAACCAGCUGGAAGAGCUAAUAUUAGCUUUUCAAGAUCAAGAGGUUAUAAUUUUGAAAUAUUUUGGGGACCGAAAUUAACUGUUAGUUUUAUUCAAACCCAAAAUUUAUUUACUGGAGAUUUACUAGUUAGACUCUAUGGUAUAUUUAAUACUUUUGCACCUCUUCAAGUAUCCAUUGGCAGUCAAAAGUCAAUAUGUCCAAUUUCUUUCCUCUCAACCUAUGAAUUAAAUUGUUUAAUUCCAAGCUACUCAACUUCAGAACCACAAUCAAUAUCCAUUGAUGACACAUUAACGAUUCAACGAUUAUAUAGUGCACCUGAAUUAAAUGUUACAUCAGUAUCUUCUAUUUCUAAUGAAGGAGGUGAUUUAAUGAUCACUGGUAACUUUGGACCGAAUCCCUACAAUGUUUCUGCCUGGAUUUCAUUUAAUGAAAGUAUUCCGUGUAAUACCACCUCUUUGAAUGCCACUCAUUUAAUUUGUAGUGUACCGGCUUUACAAGAGAACAUUGUCCAUCCCUUACGAAUCUAUGCCAAUGGAUAUAAUGUAUCCAGAGAGAUGUUCAUUUCCAAACAAGACUGUAUUAGUACUAGAACUGGUGCCUCCAUAUGUAGCGGCAAUGGAAAGUGCGUUGCCGGUCGAUGCCAGUGUCUAUUUGGAUACGGUGGCCACUUUUGUGAAUCGAAACUAAUGUCCAAUGUAAUCGUUUCGCCAAAUUCAACUACUCCCGCACCAACCAUGGUGGUAAGAGAAGGUUUGAAUUUCACUUUCAAUUUGGUUGCUAUCCAAGAGCUCAAUCCACUCGACGAAAUCAUCCAAGAGCUAUUCACCAAAGAAUGGAUUCACAAUGAGGUUGUCACUAGUGAACUGACUCGUGCCACCUACCAAUUGCAUAGACCCGCCGGUUCAAUGGAACGAGUGACAGCCAUCAUUGAACACUCACCCAAUCAAAGAGAGUUGGAGUUUGCCGGUCAGAAAACAAUCUACUCUCCACACAGCAUCAAACUGGCUGUCAAUAUCGGUAGCUGGCCAUUCCAAGAUAGACUCAAUAAACUUCGUGUUCUCUUGGAAUCAAAGGUAACCGUCGAUGACAAUGAAUGUGACAAGUUGGUAGUGGAAUCGAAUGACAAUGCCAAGAUAGACUAUAUCCGAAUGUCGAUCGGCAGUGUCUCGCUCUACGGAAGAUUCCUACCGUAUGCAGAGGCAGACAAUCAUACGAUUGGCAUCGUCAAUCAGCAAGUGAAUUCGACGUCGGACACCCUACUGGUAGGAAUGGUAUUACCUUAUUGUCAAGAAUGUGCUAUCGAUCCCGAUUUCUCUGUGUUAAUGUCCAACACUGAUGACAACAUCGAUCAUUGUGACUCAUCCAACAAAAUGCCACCUUGGAAGUUAGCUACCAUUAUAACAGUUGUAUCUGCAGCAGUCGUAUCAGCAAUCGUAACAACAAUAAUAAUAAUGAAAAAGAAAAAUAGAUUCAAAAGAGAAAGUAAAAUUAUGAGAAAACGAUUGAAUACCGUUGUUAAUCAAUAA